AUGUUCCCGCACCCUCGACAUUUCGGCCAUACGAGGCCCGCCUCCCAGCUGGAGACACAGUUCCAGCCCAAAAUCGAUGCUGCGCUGGGCGUCCCGCGGCGCGUCUACAUCAUCGGUACUGGCAGCGUUGGCAAGCUAAUCGCCCAUUCCCUCGGCGCUCUUAUGGAUCCACCUCCUAUUACACUUCUGUUCCACAAGCCCUCGAUGAUAGACGCCUGGCGCGAAGCCGGCGAACGCAUCCAGCUCGUUACUGCCGGCGUGCCUGAGGCAAUGGGAGGCUUUGAUGUUGAACUCGCCAUGCCCAACCGCCGCGAGCACGGCAAGGAGAUUGACUACAUGGACGAUCCCAUGCGUACAUUCAUCUCGGACGUGCCGAACGUUACGCCAGAUGGCACCACUGCUCCCCGCGGCGGGGGCGCAGACUCGAUGGAACCAAUUGAUAAUCUAAUCGUCACCACCAAGGCCACUACAACCGUGUCCGCCAUCUCCGCCGUCAAGCACCGCCUGUCCACGUCGUCCACCAUCUGCUUCCUGCAAAACGGCAUGGGCGUCAUUGACGAGGUGAACAGGGACCUGUUUCCUGACGAGUCCACCCGUCCCAAUUACAUGCAAGGUAUCAUCAGCCACGGCGUGCAUUCAUCGUCUCCUUUCACUGCUACCCAUGCUGGCAUGGGCACAAUACAACUGGGUCUACUGCCGAGAGGCCCCCUUGCCCAAAACUCUGGUGCCCCUCCCAGUGAUGACCCUGGACAUGAGCUCGGCGGCCUAGAGCACAGCAUAUGGGCAUUGUCAUCGCGCUACUUGCUCCGCACGCUUACCCGCAGCCCUGCACUUUGCGCCGUCGGUCUGUCUCCCACAGAUUUACUAUGCGCCCAGCUGGAGAAGCUGGCCGUUAACUGCCUGAUCAAUCCGAUAACAGCUCUGAUCGAUGUCCGCAACGGAGCGCUGCUCCACAAUUUCCACUUCACUCGUGUCAUGCGCCUCCUGCUCUCUGAGAUCAGCCUGGUCAUCCGGUCCCUGCCAGAGCUCCAGGGAAUGCCUAAUUUGGACUCGCGCUUCGCGACUUCACGCCUGGAGACCAUGGCCAUGGCCGUCGCCGACAAGACACGUGAAAACAUAAGCAGUAUGUUGGCCGACACCCGCCGCGGAUUGCACACCGAGGUCGACUAUAUCAACGGCUACAUUGUCAAGCGAGGCGAAGAGGUGGGCGUUCGAUGCGUGAUGAACUAUAUGCUCGCGUGCCUGGUAAAUGGCAAGCAGAACGUCGUGCAUCGGGAGAUUGAGGAGGACAUCACCAUCCUUGGAAAGGACGACGCCAUUGGGUAUUCGAUUGGCGAAGGCGGCGGGAAGAGGAAGUCGACCGAGUCCAAAGGUGGUCUUUAA